CGCACGGUAGCUCAUCCAGUUUGUUGAGUAGUUGCACUACUGUACUACCUUAUUCUUCUUUGGGAAAAAUCUCGUCAUUUUCGACGUGUGGCCGUGAGCCACCGACAAAAAUUCUUGACUUUCUUUACAUUGGGGGUGUGCGUGAUGCCACGAAUGCGGAAUUUUUGCGUCGAGAGAAUAUUGUAACUAUUCUUAAUGUAUCGCGUGAGGAAUAUUGGUCUGUUGAUCGCAGCAUUGUUAUUCAUCCAUUUGCAGUGGAUGACACCACCGAGGCAAACAUUCAGCAGUUUUUUCGCCCAACCCACGUAAUCCUUGAGCAAGUCCGUAAAGCGUACUAUGAUGCCAAGCAACGUGGCGCGAGUGUUUGUCCCCGCGCUCUGGUGCACUGCCAACGCGGGAAGAGCCGCUCCGUCACCAUUGUGCUCGCCUAUCUGAUCUACCGCAACGGCUGGACAGUAGCAGAGGCGCUGCAAUACGUCACACGCCGGCGGCCUCGCGUGGAACCAAAUUUGGGUUUUAUUGACGCGCUUCGGGCGUAUCAGGAGUCGAUGGACGUGGAGGAGCGAACGCGACGCUGCAGUUCACUCGGUCUUGCCGUGCGUAACCUUCCACGAGAUACGGCGUCGUCGUUUGUUCACAAGUUCUUUGAGGAUCAUGUUGGUUGUGUGCAGGAGGUGAUGAUGCACUCCUCCCGACCGAACCAAAGCCGUAACAUCGCCGCUCCCAAUACCAACGGCGUUGACCAGGGCAAGCGCGGCAACGACGACAAUGACCCUCCCGCCUCCUUCGGGCUUUCAGGCAGGAGGGACGGCAACAGUAGCAGCGGCAUCGCUGUCAAAACUUGCAGCAACGAUGCCGAUGGCAAUACGUUGUGCCUCGUUUUCUUCUCUGCGGCGGAGUGUGUGCGGCUGGCCAAACUGUUAUACAUGCGACGGCCUGAGCUCUUCAAUGUGCUCGGUGUCGUGGAUGGUAAAGAGUUGCGGCUCACGAUCCCCAGCAAACUGAUAAGACUGUCGAGAACAGCACACGCCCAUUGCGAUGAUGGUGACAACACCCGAAGCAAGAAGUCUUCUCAGGGGGAGGAGGACACGCCGAAGGGAGACGCGGAAAAAAACGACGCAGGGACAUAA